ACCGUUCUGUGUAGUUGUCAAAAAGCAUAAACAUCACGCGAAUUUAAUUUUCACUGUCAGAGGCACUCACCGAAGCUUGCGGAUUAGGCUCGUCACCAUGUCCGACAUCGACGACGAUUUUAUGUGUGAAGACGAGGAGGACUACGGUUUAGAAUAUUCCGAGGACAGUAAUUCCGAACCGGACGUGGAUUUGGAAAAUCAGUACUAUAAUAGUAAGGCGCUGAAAGAGGAAGCCCCGCUGGAAGCACUGAAAUCUUUCCAAAAAGUGCUGGAUCUGGAAAAUGGGGAAAAAGGAGAAUGGGGAUUCAAGGCUUUGAAGCAAAUGAUAAAAAUUAAUUUUAAAUUACAAAAUUACCAGGAAAUGAUGACUCGGUAUAAACAAUUGCUUACUUACAUUAAAAGUGCGGUUACCAGGAACCACUCAGAGAAAUCUAUCAACUCUAUUUUAGAUUACAUUUCAACUUCGAAAAACAUGGAGUUACUGCAAAACUUUUAUGAAACAACUCUGGAAGCCUUGAAAGACGCAAAAAAUGACAGGUUGUGGUUUAAGACCAAUACCAAAUUGGGCAAACUAUACUUCGACCGUAACGACUUUGGUAAGCUUCAAAAGAUUCUGAAGCAGCUGCACCAAUCCUGCCAGACAGAUGAUGGCGAAGAUGAUCUAAAGAAAGGUACUCAACUGCUGGAAAUCUACGCCCUUGAGAUCCAAAUGUACACAGUUCAGAAGAACAACAAGAAACUAAAAGCUCUCUACGAGCAGUCAUUGCACAUUAAGUCGGCGAUUCCACAUCCCCUGAUAAUGGGUGUGAUUCGGGAGUGUGGCGGUAAAAUGCACCUUCGAGAGGGUGAAUUCGAAAAGGCCCAUACGGAUUUCUUCGAGGCGUUCAAAAAUUACGACGAAUCGGGUUCGUCGCGACGCACAACCUGCCUGAAGUACUUGGUACUGGCCAACAUGCUGAUGAAGUCUGGCAUUAAUCCCUUCGACUCGCAGGAAGCCAAACCGUACAAAAAUGACCCGGAGAUUCUGGCGAUGACGAAUCUGGUUGUGAGUUAUCAAAACAAUGACAUCAUGGAGUUCGAGUCGAUCCUGCGCAACAAUCGCAACAACAUAAUGGCCGAUCCGUUCAUUCGGGAGCACAUCGAAGACUUGCUACGAAACAUCCGAACUCAGGUCCUGAUCAAGCUGAUUCGUCCGUACACCAAAAUCACGAUCCCGUUCAUUUCCAACGAGCUAAACAUUGAGCCGGUGGAAGUCGAGAGUUUGCUGGUUUCCUGUAUUCUGGACAACACUAUCCAAGGUCGCAUCGAUCAGGUGAACCAGGUGCUAGAGCUGAACAAGGAAGCACGCUGUGGAGCUCGUGACAGCGCUAUUGAGAAGUGGUCCAACCAGAUCAAUUCGGUUCAAACGGCCAUCAUUAACAAGAUGGCGUAAGGUAAGUCUGUUGGGUCGCGUCUGUUUGUCUGUGAACGUUCGAAAUUGAAACCAACCAGGCGGGGUGACGUUCCUUCUCUAUACAGCCACAACUAGAGGCGCAGAAAGCUGACUAUCCGCGCAACAAGCAUGAAUCCCCAGGAAGUACGAGAUUUUUUUCGAAGCUUAGCGAUAGAAAAAUACAGGCAAUCGUUCGUUAUUAUCUAUUAUA